GUCCUGCCGCGCUGACGGCGAGGCCGCACCGGAGCGCAGCGCCAUGGCGAGGGAAGAGUGCAAGGCGCUGCUGGACGCGCUCAACAGGACGACCGCGUGCUACCACCACUUGGUGUUGACCGUCGGCGGCUCGGCGGACUCGCAGAACCUGCGGGGGGAGCUGCAGAAGACGCGCCAAAAGGCGCAGGAGCUGGCGGGGGCCGCCUGCGCCCGGCUGACGGUCGCGCUGCGCGACCGGGGCUUGGUCGCCGAGGAGCGCUCCGAGUUCGAGCGCCUGUGGGUGGCGUUCUCCGGCUGCCUAGACCUGCUGGAGGCCGACAUGCGACGCGCGCUGGAGCUGGGCACCGCCUUCCCGCUGCACGCGCCGCGGCGGCCGCUGGUGCGCACCGGGGUGGCCGGCGGCUCUGCGGGCGUGGCGGCGCGCGCCCUGAGUGCCCGCAGCCUCCGGCACGAGGCACAGGGCGACUUCGACGUCGCGGACCUGCGCGAGCUGGAGCGCGAGAUCCUUCAGGUGGGCGAGAUGAUCCACAACAUGGAGAUGAAGGUCAACGUGCCCCGCUGGACCGUGCAGGCCCGGCAGGCGGCGGGCGCCGAGCUGCUGUCCAGCGCCAGCGCAGGUGCCUCCUCGGCCGGGGUCGUGUCUGUGGAGGAGCGCGCGGGGCCCUGCGACCCCAGCAAGGCCCUGGCCGCCACCGUUUUCAGCGCCGUGCUGUUGGCGGCGGUGGCCCUAGCCGUGUGCGUGGCGAAGCUGAGCUGA